AUGUCCGCACUUCUAGAUAGCCUCAUGGCCGAUAGCGCUGGGCUCGACAGCUCUCAGCGAUCUGACCCCCCGCCAACGAGCUCCCGCCUCCCGCUCCCCUCAGAGAGCAAUGCGCCCAUGAGUGAGGCACCUGAGUUUGCAGAUGACCAGCUAGUUGGGCCUGGGAGCAGGUCGUCUCACCGUCCCCGACAUCCCAUGUAUAGUAGAGGGGCCCCCAUCGUCCGCGAUGUUGCUGGUGAAAAGGUGCAGCAGGCCUUCGAGGAACUGUUAGAAACACAUAUCGAAGACCCCAUGUCAUCCGGCGCUCCUCCUACAUCUUCGGAAAUGCUCAGUGAUAAAUACUAUAUCUCCCAGAUCCAUGGAAUGCAAAAGCUACAACUUUCCACCCUCUAUGUCGAUUUUACCCACCUCACCUCUAAUCAAGUACUGGCCGAUGCGAUCGUUAACCAGUACUACAGAUUCCAGCCCUACCUUACAAAGGCACUACAUAAUUUAAUUGCGAAAUAUGAACCCCAGUAUUUCCGCGCACAUAGACAGCUUGGAAGCCAUUCUUCACAGGCCGGAACAUCGACCGUGGCUCUCGAUAGCACUGAACCCGACUCUCUAGCCGGAAAAACUAGAUACCAGCAAACCGAUAAGGUGUUCACCCUUGCAUUUUAUAAUCUUCCGCUUGUCUCUCGGCUUCGACAGCUGCGGACGGCGCAGAUUGGCAUGCUUUGCUCCAUAUCAGGAACAGUGACGAGAACAUCCGAAGUGCGUCCAGAACUUGCUUUGGGAACGUUUAUCUGUGGAAAUUGCAAUGCUGUCUGCUCGGAUAUUGAACAGAGUUUUAAAUUUACAGAACCUACUCAGUGUCCGAAUGCGGUUUGUGGAAAUCGUGUUGGAUGGCGACUCGAUAUUAGAAAAAGUACUUUCGUUGACUGGCAGAAGGUUAAGUUGCAAGAGUCAUCACACGAGAUACCCACUGGAAGCAUGCCUAGAACUAUGGACGUCAUCCUACGUGGAGAGAUGGUCGACCGUGCAAAGGCUGGCGAAAGAUGUAUAUUCACCGGAACUCUUGUCGUGAUUCCAGAUGUCAGUCAAGCAGGGUUGCCGGGUGUUCGCCCUGAAGCAACUAGGGAUUACGGAAAUUUCAGGGGCGGUGAUGUUGGCGGCAAUGGUGUCAGCGGGUUAAAAUCUCUCGGUGUGCGGGAUCUCACUUACCGCCUCGCAUUCCUUGCAAGCAUGGUAACGCCAGACUUGUCAACUCCUGGCCAGUCAUCAAACCAGAACCUGACGGGCCAGUCUCCAAAUAUCCUUUCCUCCUUGAACCAGGUUGAGGUGCCUGAUGACGUUGAAGAUGAAGCGCAAACGGCCCUGCUUCACUCUCUAACUCCCUACGAGGUCCAGGACCUAAAGCAGAUGGUGCAUUCUGACUAUAUCUACGCUCGACUUAUAGAUUCUAUUGCUCCUAUGAUAUACGGCCAUCAUCAGAUUAAAAAAGGCUUACUCCUUCAAUUGAUCGGCGGUGUUAGCAAACGAACAGUAGAGGAAUCGAUGCAGCUUCGUGGUGACAUCAAUAUUUGCAUUGUGGGCGACCCAUCCACAAGCAAGAGUCAGUUUUUAAAAUACAUUUGUAAGCUGCACCCUCGAGCAGUAUAUACUAGUGGUAAAGCAUCUUCUGCUGCUGGUCUUACCGCUGCGGUUGUUAAGGAUCCAGAAACUGGGGAGUUUACAAUUGAAGCGGGAGCAUUGAUGCUUGCUAACGGCGGUGGGAUCUGCGCGAUUGAUGAAUUCGACAAAAUGGAUAUAAGUGACCAGGUUGCUAUCCACGAAGCCAUGGAACAGCAAACUAUUUCAAUUGCCAAAGCUGGAAUCCACACAACGCUCAACGCUCGCGCAAGUAUUCUGGCUGCUGCGAACCCUAUCGGGGGAAGAUACAACCCUAAGACCACUUUGAGAGGAAACCUCAACUUCAGCGCUCCCAUCAUGAGUCGAUUUGACCUUUUCUUCGUUAUUCGAGAUGAUCCUAAUGAGGCAGUGGAUAGAAACCUUGCAGACCACAUUGUGAAUGUCCAUAUGAAUCGGGAUGAAGCUGUGAAACCUGAAUUAUCCACGGAGCAGUUACAAAGAUAUAUUAGGUUUGCACGGACAUUCCGACCAGUCUUUACUGAAGAAGCUAGGGCGUUGGUCGUUGAGAAAUAUAAGGAACUUCGUGCCGAUGAUUCACAGGGAGGCAUGGGCAGAAGCAGCUAUAGAAUUACUGUCCGACAGCUGGAGAGUUUGAUUCGACUAUCUGAAGCAGUGGCGAAGGCCAAUUGCGUGGAGGAAGUCAUUCCCAGCUUUGUGAAGGAAGCCUAUGAUUUGCUACGGCAGAGCAUUGUUACUGUCGAGAAGGAUGACGUGGAUGUUGAUGAUGAGGAAGAUGCCGCUGCCGCUGCCGGAAAUAACCAGGCUGCUGCUGAAGACCAGAACAUGAUGGACGAGGAUGAUAAUACCCAACAGAUUACGGACACACAGCAAGGUACCGGUGAGAGUCGGCCUCAAAAGAUGAAGAUAACAUACGACAAAUAUAUGCGUGUACUGAACGUUCUCGUACGCCGCGUUAAUGACGAUGAGACCCGAAGCGGGGAGGGUGUUGAAGAGGAGGACCUCAUCCUUCAUUACCUCGAACAAGUGGAGUCUGAAUUAAAUAAUGAAGAAGAACUAGAACAAGAACGAGCCUUGGUGACGAAGAUUUUGAAGAGAAUGGUUAAGGAUAACAUCCUUAUGCAAAUCCGCGGAGACGGUUUGAUGGAAACUGACAGUGGAGCACAGCCUGCAGACGAGCCCAAAGUGGUUUACGUAUUGCAUCCCAACUGUGCAGUCGAAGAGAUGUAG